UUCAGKUAGGUGCUCAGACGACAUGUUUUGCUGGAAUUUUCUCCUUUCACGUUUCUCUUUUGGAGUACGCCUAAACCAGAAAAUGCGUACAAAUUGUGAAACUUGUGCAAAUGCUCGCUAAUAUUUACACAUUUUUCCCGGUUGAGGUGGAGUUGGAGACAURCGCAUACCAACGACUGCAGACAGCAACAUCGUUUGAAUUCGACAUCAAUAGUACCGAAUCCAAAACUAUAGGUUAUGGACCUAUAAUUGGGUUUUUACCUACAAUAGCGAAACAAUUGGGAUACUCAAUAACAACUUUCGGCGCUUCUAUGACGUUUAUGUCGGCGAUAUCAACGAUACUUGUACCUAUAUCCGGUAUCAUUGUCGACAAAUUCCGAAUAAAAAAACCGUUAUUUUUAGUGGCCAUACUUGGCCUGGGAGUGGUUUCGGCAUUGUUCUUGUUCGUACCGAAAGCACCUUUAGACAGGGCCACAACCGAAUUAAAAUGCGAUGCAGAAACAACCAUYGUGACAGUUUUAAACGAGAAUAACAAUUUUCAAACGACUAGUAACAUCACUGAUUACACCGCUCUAAAUCACAGUAAUGAGUUAAUAACGUGCAAGGUGAGAAUAAAUGUCAUUAAAAAAUUAAAAUUACGAURUAUAUUAUUUAAAUUGGAUUUCGUAAAAACAUGUGGAGGUAUUAUAGGUAAUAGGUACAGAGUAAAACUAUCUGUGGAUGUUGUAGUUAAUUGCUUAUGCUUUCGUUUUGAGGAUUACAAUAAUUUGAAUAUUAUGCUUAUUCCGUCACAGAUUGCAAAUUCGUACGUCAUCUAUCAAGUAUUAUCUGUCCAAAUAAAUGGCACGCAAAUACUUUCACCGACUUGUCAAUGCCAUUUAAAAACAUUUUGUCAUAUUAUGAACUGUUCAAAUAAUAAAAUAAUGGAUGUAGCUACCGUCAAAACUUACAGAGGAAACGUUCUCAGCUUGUAUCAAUUUUGGAUUUUUUUCGCGCUUGUGGCGACGUAUUGGACUUGUACUACGGUUUCGUCUACUAUAUUAAAUCCCAUUUGUCUAGAAACUUUGGGAGACAAAUCUGCAGAAAAUUUUGGAAAACAAAAAUGUUGGGCGUCAAUCGGUUGGGGGAGUUUUUCUAUAUUCAUCGGAUGGCUCGUGGAUGUAUUCAGUUACAAUGAAAAUGAUAAAAACUAUUCACCCGUUUUUUAUUCUACCAUUUUAAUCACAGUUUUGAAUUUGGGAGUAGCUUACAAAAUCAAAGUUGUCGAAACGAACAAAUCCGAAGGUCGAUGGAAGAACGUGCGUGGGUUAUUCUCUAAAUAUUAUAUGAUUUCAUUUUGYGUAUGGUCAAUUUUCAACACACUAUUUCAUACAAUAGUCACUCACUUUCUGUUCUGGUACAUGGAAGAUUUAGUUUCUGUCAGCAAUGACCACAGCCAAAAGGCAUGGAUAAAAACGCUCCAAGGUCUAGCUCAAGGAAUCCAGUGUUUCGGUGGUGAGAUACCAUUUUUUUUCUGGUCUGGUUGGAUAAUUAGAAAGAUGGGUUAUGGCAAGUGCAUGGUAUUAGUGCUAGCAGCUAUGGCCGUCAGGAUGUAUCUCUACACAGUCAUCUGGAAUCCAGCCUGGAUCAUUGCAAUAGAAUUAUUAAACGGCAUAUCGUACGCUYUGGGAUAUGCGGUGAAAAUGUCGUACGCAAAAAUGUUGUCACCUCCCGACACACUAAACACCAUAGUUGGAUUUAUAGGAUUUUUCGAUUGUAUUGGUGAAUCCAUAGGUAGUCUACUGGGCGGAUAUUUAUUCGAUAAUUAUGGUGGAGUGUGGUCGUUUCGAUUUUUCUCCUAUAUGUCUCUUUUGAUGUGCUUUAUAAACAUAUUAGCUAAUUAUUUUGGAUUGACAAGUGAAUCUACUACUUUAAAAGACAACAAAGAAUCGAAAAAUGUGGAUCUCAAAACUACCAAUAAUAAUACUGAUAAAAAAACAUGAUAUUUUAUUUAUAAAAASCUAUUUAACAUAUUUUAUAAAAAUGUCAUAUUUAAUUAUAAUUAGUUAAAUAUUAUAUUCAUUUAGUUUUUAAACGARCGGAGUUGUGUGACACACGGUUAUACAUCGAAAAAUAUUGGUCUACUAUCCACCACUCAUCUAAAUUUGAAUAAUUAUAAAUUAUAAGUUACAAAUAUGUAUUUAAUUUAAUAAUUUAUAACURUGCGUUGAAAAUUCGAUUUUCAUACAUCAAAACAUAAGAAAAAUAUUUCUGAAAUAAUUUCUCUGCCUAGCAAUAUUGAGUAAAUAAUAUCAUCCAUAAAAAGAAAUAACCUUAAUCAUCUCAAAAAUUUUGACGAUAAAAGAUUGUAAAAAAAACAUAAAUAUUAAAACUGUAUAUAACUUAUAUCGAGGUAGAUAGGUAACUGAAGCCUGGGCAAAUUAAUGAUAAUUUUUAACUGAGUUAUCAAUAAUAAUUGUAUUAUAUUUA